UUCGUUUCUCAUAUUUUCCAAGAAAAUUAAAAAACAAAAAUAGACUCCAACACAGUGGAAAAAAAAAAAAAAGGAUAUUUUUUCUUGGUGGAAAAUGGAUCUGUGGACUGUUCAUGUGAAGAACACCAGCUUAAGCCCUGUUUGGAGGAUGAGAAACUUGAAGCCCAGCUCGGGAAAUUUCGGAAAAGUUGGUGUUUUUGAGAUCAGGCUUUUGAAAAGCAGAGUCGUUUCUUCUUCUAAUAUUUACCAUCAUUCUUUGCUUGUCACAGCUAUGUCUAAGAAGAAUCACGACAACCCAUCUGGAAAUGGUGAUCGGGAAGGAGAUAAUUUGAAACGUAAUAAUUCUUCGGACAACAACAAAUCCAAUGACACUGCAUCCCAGAAGUCCCAGCGCAUAAACUUGGACUGGAGAGAGUUCAGAGCAAAUCUAUUUGCUCGGGAGCAGGUAGAGAAGACAGAGUCUGAUACUCAAAAUCAAGGUGGGACAACCCAUGAGUCCAAACCUCUUGGCCUAAAAUGGGCCCACCCUAUUCCAGUUCCUGAGACAGGCUGUGUCCUUGUUGCCACAGAAAAGCUUGACGGGAUUCGUACAUUCGAGAGAACUGUUGUUCUCCUUCUCAGGUCUGGAACAAGGCAUCCACAAGAGGGUCCAUUUGGAAUAGUCAUCAACCGCCCACUUCACAAAAGGAUCAAGCACAUGAAACCUACAAAUAAUGAACUAGCUACCACUUUUGCUGAUUGUUCAUUGCAUUUUGGCGGACCUCUGGAAGCCAGCAUGUUUCUGUUAAAAACAGGGCAAUCGAAGCUUUCUGGUUUUGAAGAGGUAAUCCCUGGCCUAUGUUUUGGAGCUCGAAACAGUUUGGAGGAAGCUGCAGGCCUAGUGAAGAAAGGGGUGCUGAAGCCUCAGGAUUUCAAAUUCUUCGUUGGUUAUGCUGGAUGGCAGCUUGAUCAAUUGCGAGAGGAGAUUGAAUCAGAUUACUGGUACGUUGCUGCAUGUAGCUCCGAUUUGAUUUGCGGGGCCUCAUCAGAUUCAUCAUCGGAAAGUUUAUGGGAGGAAAUUUUGCAGCUAAUGGGCGGUCAAUACUCCGAAUUGAGCCGGAAGCCUAAGCAAGAUAUGUAGGUACAUUUUAGCUUAUGGUUUCACCUAGAAUUAAGUUUAUAUAUCAUUAAGAUAUAGAACCAAAGUAUUUGUGAAGCUAAAUGUACAGAAAUUUCACUGGCUUUUUGUCAGUAGAUCCCUUUUUCAUGCUUUUCUCACAUAAGAACUUGGCUAGUUAAUAGCUCUUGUAUGUAAUAAUACUUAUUUAUCUGAUUAUGCUAAUUAAAAUCUGUCACAGUUAGGCAGUU